AAAAACAAGUUCUAACACAUACAAAAUUUCUAUAUUUUUCUCUCUAACAAUAUUAUUAAAGAAUAAAACUGUUGUAGGUGUAAGUACCUACUAUUUUUGAUGCUACCACCCAGAUUGAAGACUAUCCAUUUCUAAUAUAUUUUACACUAAUAGUAUUUGAAAUUAAAGUCUGAAUCAGCAGUCGUGAACAGUUUAUACAAGCACUGCAAGACAAGCUGCAGAAAGUAUGCAAGAAUUCUGAGGCAAUAUCUUCUUUUAAAUUUAUUCUAUUUUCUUGUAAAUGUAUGUGGAGCAUUUCAGAAAUUGAUCGUUUAUUGAGUUUUGGUUCUCUGUCUUUGAUAUCAAAUUUACUAAAGUUGAAAGCGUGAUUAUUAUUUUUAACAUGGUCAGAGAUUACAUUUUGUUUGAUUUUUUGUGUUCAUUGAUACGUAUACACAAAUUUCUUUUCGUUUGGCCUACAUACGUGUCGGAGCAGUCAUUACAUUCAAGUUUGUAUACACAAUUGUUUUUGAGAUACACAUUUCGCUAUUUAUUUUCGAGACCCAUACAAUGUUAUUUGCUUUGAGGGCAUGUCUGGUUUGCUCGUAAAAACCGCUCGUAAAAGUCUCUGAUCUAAAAUCUUAACACAACACAGAAAUAAAACUAAACACGCAAAAAUAGAAGACAUGAUUAGAAAAAAAAUUGAAAGAAACUUGAAAUUUUAUGAAACCUAACAACGACAUCAAGUUCACUUUUGCUGAAAAAGGAUUUCUCAAUAUACUUGAAAUAUUUCAAUUUGCUACUCAGUUUUUAUAACUAUGGCUUUUGCGGGGUUAAAGAAGCAAAUCAACAAAGCAAAUCAAUAUGUCACAGAAAAAAUGGGUGGUGCUGAGGGAACCAAACUUGAUGUUGAUUUUGUAGAUAUGGAAAGGAAAACAGAUGUGACUUUUGAGCUAGUUGAAGAAUUACAAAUGAAGACUAAGGAAUUUCUGCAGCCAAAUCCCACAGCAAGAGCUAAAAUGGCCGCUGUUAAAGGAAUCAGCAAACUUAGUGGUCAAGCGAAAGCCUCCACGUAUCCACAACCUGAAGGAGUUUUAGCCGAUUGUAUGCUUCAUUAUGGUAAAAAAAUGGGUGACGACAGUAUAUUUGGACAAGCCAUGGUUGAAAUGGGUGAUUCUAUGAAACAAAUGGCUGAUGUAAAAUAUUCUUUAGAUGACAACAUAAAGCAAAACUUUUUAGAACCACUUCAUCACUUGCAAACUAAGGAUCUUAAGGAAGUUAUGCACCACCGUAAGAAAUUACAAGGCAGAAGAUUAGAUUUUGAUUGCAAACGCAGACGACAAGCUAAAGGUUCUCACGUUUCAGACGAUGAAAUCCGCCAAGCUGAGGAAAAAUUCGCAGAGAGCCUACAUUUAGCGCAAAUGGGAAUGUUCAACUUACUAGAGAAUGACAUAGAACAAGUAGCACAGUUGGCAACAUUCAGUGAAGCGUUAUUAGAUUAUCAUCAACAAUGUACGGAAAUUCUGAAGGUUUUAUGUGAAAAAUUAAUAGAAAAAAAAGAAGAAGCGGCAAAUCGACCAAAAUUAGAAUUUGUUCCAAAAACCUUAGCUGACUUACACGUAGAUGCAUUACCUGCGUCGGAUGGAAUGAACGGAGCAAGCAGAAUUGGAUCUCCGGUACCUAGUGAUAGUAAGCGUUCGCAACUGGAGUUAUUUUCAGCGGGUAAUCAACCGCAAUCAACAAAUGCUUCACCGUUACCAUCACCAAGUAAAUCUCCAUCAAGGACUCCUAUUCAACCUCAAAAGCAGCCUUACUGUACAGCUCUUUACGACUUUGAACCUGAAAAUCCCGGAGAACUUGGAUUUAAGGAAAACGAUACGAUCACCUUAAUUCAGAAGAUCGAUGACAAUUGGUUUGAAGGCACUGUAAAUGGUCAAACUGGUUAUUUCCCUGUAUCUUACGUGCAAGUCGUCGUGCCGUUACCAUAGAAAGAUACUGGGUGAAGCUUGAAAGCCAAAAUAAUGCACUUGUUUAUAAUGUCAUCUAACACGGAUGUACCUACAAUACUCUUUAUGUCCUUAUUCUUGUAUUCUUAAAAUUUUAAUGUUUUUUUUUUGUUGUGGUUAUUCCUGAUCUUAAAUGGAUAAUCUUCCUAUAAGUCCAAUGACGAAUGUACCAAAAUAAAGAUAAUAAGUAAUAUAUAUAAGCAUGUUAAUAUAUGUGCGUGCAUGUAUGUAUGUGUGCGCGUGUGUAUAAUGUACAAUGGAAAAUGUUAAACUUAUGUUAAACAACCUUAAGUUUAUUGAUGUAAUAAAUUAAUUUAAGGAUUAA